UAAAAUAUGGGAACCACAACUUCACCGACGUGUCAGAGGCUACGACAUAGCAACUGCCAAGUGACCACGUGUCAAGCAGACACCACUUCUGUUUAAUAUGUUCUUGCACACAACUUCUGUAUCUAUUCUGUAUGUCUUUUCAUCCCAUCUUGUACAAAACUCAACAUCACUGAUCCUUAAAACUUAACACAACCACGUUAUAUAUUUUAUAUGUACUUGUAUAUGUUUAGAAGACAACUAUGUUUCGGGUAAAUUAUUUCUAAUGCUGUAAGGAGGGGCCAAAAUCUUUGUCGCAGGUUGAUGAGUACAUGCUGAAGACAAAAAUACUAGGCAACGUGUAAUAAGAAUUAUGUCAUAGUGGAAGAUGCUCGUGGUAUGGCGUCAGUCAACAUCUCCGCUUACAGAAGUACAUAUAGUGAUCUUUAUCAACCAGCCGUCAUUUUUGCAGGAUCCUCUGUCUUGAUAGCAUUAGUUUCUUCUUUCAGUUUAAUACGCCAGCAUCUUGUAUCAUAUACCAAACCCGAGGAGCAAAAAUGGAUUGUUGGAGUUUUGUUUAUGGUUCCCAUAUACGCUAUUCAGUCAAUUAUAUCUUUGGUGUACCCAAAGUUUUCUUUGGCUCUUGAUAUUUCAAGAAACUGUUAUGAGGCAUUUGCCCUUUAUUCUUUUGGGAGUUACCUAAUCGCUGUUCUUGGGGGAGAAGAAAGAGUCGUAGAACUGCUAGAAAGUGAAUCGAGAAAGUCUUUAAACAAGCCAUUGCUGGAGGAAGAUGAUGAAAGACAGCUACAGAAAAGAAAUUUUAUUGAUUUCUUCCGUAGACCAAAUAUGCUUGGAGAACACUUGCUGACAAUCGAGAAGUUUGGCCUAGUUCAAUAUAUGAUCUUAAAGACCUUAUGCGCGUUCUUAGCACUUGUACUGGAGAUCUUUGGUGUAUAUGGUGAUGGAGAGUUCAAGUGGUAUUACGGAUACCCAUACAUUGCUGUAGUAUUGAACUUCAGUCAGACGUGGUCAUUGUAUUGCCUUGUGCAGUUCUAUAAUGUAACUCAUGAGAGACUUAAGCCGAUAAAGCCUCUGGCGAAGUUCAUUAGCUUUAAGGCUAUUGUGUUUGCAACUUGGUGGCAAGGUCUGGGCCUGGCUUUAUUGUCUUCUCUUGGCGUUCUACCUCAGGAAGGAAGAGUGGAAACAGAAUUGCAGGAUUUCUUGAUCUGUAUAGAGAUGGCUGUUGCAGCUCUUGCCCACAUUUUUGUCUUUUCUGCAAAACCUUAUCAUCUAGUGCCAGCUUCUGAGAAUUCAAGGAUUGAAACCGAAGCAACCCAGGCAAUGCUGAAGAAACAUAAGGGUGAUGAGGAGAACCCAGCUCUUUAUGAGAGGACCAGUGUGAGAGAGAGUGUUCAAGAUAUUGUUGUUCAAGGAGGUCACCAUGUUGUUGAGGAUGUUGUAUUGACCAUUAAUCAAGCAAUUGAACCUGUGGAAAAGGGUAUGACAAAAAUUCAAGAGACUUUCCACGAAAUAACAGUCAGAGAUGAUGAAAAAGAGUCGGAAGUAAAAGUUGAAGAACACGAACAAGAUGUUACAGUAGAUGACACUCAUGUAUCGACUUCAGAGGAUAAGGUUACUAUCGAGAGUAGUGGCAGAACAGGGAGUUGAGCUGGUGCAGAGUAGUAAUAAAAGCAACUCAAAAUAAUGCUGAUCCUGGAUAUCUUUCUGCUGGGUGCUUGGUUUUUGAUAUGGGUAUUUAUCUUGAAUCGUAUGGUUUUUUUUUUUUCUUUUAAGUUUUUUGCCAUUGCUGUUUCCUUUGGUCUUAAAUUUCUGGCCCAGAAUAUUGUACAAAUUUUAUCAAAUGUAAUUCAUUUUAUGUUCAAAGAUGAGCUACACAGAGCAUCCAGAUAUAUAUACAAGAGGACUGCAUAUUUGUGAA